AUGGAGGAAAACAUUCAGAUAUGUUGUAGGAUCUGUUUAGAUGUUGAAUCAAAACAUGUUUCCAUUUUAGACGAUUCUACUAUACUUUUACACAUAAAAUCUUGUCUUGCUAUCAAUAUCUCCUUUAGCGAUAAUCUAUCUAAAGACAUUUGUGUUAACUGUGUAUCCCAGUUGAAUGAAUUUUAUAAUUUCCAACAAAACGCACGGUGUUCACAAGAUUGGUUAGAGUCAUCCAUGCAAGAAAAGGUGAAAAAAUCAACUGAUGCUAAAACAUAUGUGCAACCUUUGCCUGAUUCAGAAUACAACUCCGAUUCACUUUUAGAGUUUUUAAAUAGUACUUCAAAUAUUGAAGAGUACUUGAACAAUUUAGGUAAGGAAGACAUACCUUCUAUAGUCAAUAUGCUUGAUAAAACAAGCGAAAAUAUUAUGGAAUUUGCAAAAACAUCCUCUAAAAUAAAACAGGUGAGCCCCAAAAAGAAAGAAUCUCCUAAAUCUAAAAAGUCUGUUAAAAUGGACAUAGAUGUCUUAGAUUCCGAUAUUGAAAUUGUUAAAGAGAUACUUUUAAAAGAGAUUGAUCCGGAAUGUAAUAUAAUGUGUUCAAAAAAUACUGACAAAACUAUAUGCUUUGCUUGCAAAGCCAAGUUUGAUACUGUACAAAAACUAUCCCAACAUUUAAGUAUCUGUGAUAGUGCUUCUAGAACAUGUAUUCACUGUAAUUUACUAUUUGAUUCCAAGAAAAAAAUGAAGCAACAUGCAAUAACUCAUGGAUUGCUGACUCAAAUGAGUUGUCACUGUGGAAAACAAUUUACAAGCAAAGAACUCCUGUUGCAACACUACAAUAAUUGCCAUUAUGAUCAGGUGGCAGCCAUGGGUUUUUAUCACCGUUGUAAGCAGUGUGGAAUGUUAUAUAAAGAUAGAUUUCAAUUAUACAAACAUGCCAAAGAACAUAUUCUUAGAUCCGAGGAAAGGGUGUGUGACAUCUGCGGGCAUACAUUCAUUGGUGAUGAUGCAUUAUCUAAACAUCGAAUGGAAGAACAUGAAAAGCAGAAUAAUUUAACAUUCAGAUGUAAGAUUUGCAAUGAAACAUCCAAAAGUCGUAAAGAAAUCUAUAUGCAUGUUCAAAAGCACACAAAUAAACAAGUACUAAGCCGUCAUUUGUGUGAGUCGUGCGGCCACAGUUUUGCCACCAAAGCCACGUUAAUGCGUCACUCUUUACUGCAUGUAAACUCGGCUGAACUGCAAUGUACCUUUUGCUGUCGACAGUUCCCUGAUGCGAAGUCAAGAGACGAGCAUCUAUCCGAACACAGUGAAAUUGUUAUGUGCGAUAAGUGUGGUCAGACUAUUAAUAAAUAUAAAUUGAACAGCCAUAUAUGUGUAUAA